GAAAGGCAUGCGAGUGGAAGAAUGGAAGCGUUAGGGAAACGGUUUCUUGUCCGUCUCGGGUUCUAGCGUUUGCUAUGAACGAAGCGGGUGCUAGCGUUUGCUAGAAGCAAAUGAGAGAUAUACAACUACAAAGUACGAGGAGAGGGACGAGCCUGGGAUUGAACCCAUGACCUUCUGCUUAUGAAGCAGAAGCGGUAGCAUUCAGACCACCAACCCCGUCACACUCAGUGUAUUCAGAUAAUUUGUCAGAUUCUCGGUAUAAAUUGCGUAUACGGGGUUCUGUCAUUUCAGGUUUGACUUUCAUUGAUCUUAAUUCUUCUCACUGUGCUUGGCAAGACACAGAACGAAUGUCGUUCUUCCUUGUUUUUGUUUGAAGUCAGACAUAAUUCAUCAACGAUACUGAACUAAUGUUGACGAACAAAAACGUUGCGUUGGUAAACAUCUACACAAUCAAAUAAACAUCGACAUGGGAUUUUUCAACGCUAUCAGCAUCAAUCCUUGAAGAAAUUCCCGCUUCAAUUUGUUUUUGCAAACGUGCCCGACUAUCGAAGGCAGGAUUGCAACCACAGUUGCAUUCCUCAUUUCGUCGCGAUAGGCUUACUUCAGCAGCAGAAUGAAUUUUCUAACCGGACUGAUCAUUUCUACCGGUUUGGUAAUACUCCGGUUGAACGUCCUCUCCGCCUCCUACCAAUGCGGCACCAGGAAGCACGGCUUCUUACCACUGCUGUACCGCGGCUGGAAGGUGGAAGAAGGUCAGUGGCCUUGGCACGUAGCUAUUUUCUUCAAACAGCCCCUUGAAACCCUCAAGUACCAAUGCGGAGGGAGUCUUCUAAGCGAGAAGCAUAUCCUGACGGCUGGACACUGCGUUGUUAACCGGAAAACGAGUGCCCCGCGACCGAAGGAGAUUUUCGAGCUGCACCUUGGACAGCACAAUCUCUCGGAGGUCACCGAUCUUGUGCAGAUUCGGGACGUCAGCAAGGUGCACGUCCAUCCGGAGUAUUCUACCUUGAGGAACGACAUAGCGAUGCUGGUGAUGCGGCUGGCCGUAGCUUACACGGAUUACGUCAUACCGAUCUGUAUCGAUCAGAAAGUCGACCGCGACUUGAGGAACCUUGAAGGUGAUCGCGGAUGGAUUACGGGAUGGGGUGUGACAGAGUCAGGCAACGUUUCGGAUGUUCUUUGGACUGCGUCGCUGUCGGUGGUGAGUUAUCUGAGCUGCACCAAGAACGAUCCGGUUUUGUUUGGGAACCUGCUGAAUGAGACUGUGUUCUGCGCUGGCGAUUUGAAUGGAACGAGUCCAGGGCCGGGUGAUAGUGGCGGUGGAAUGUACUUCUACGAUGGCGAUCGUUGGGUUCUCAGGGGCGUGGUCUCUUUUGCGAAGGUAGACCCCGUAACCAAGCAGGUUGACACCUCCAAAUAUGCAGUAUUUGCCAAUGUGCAGCGGUUUCUGACGUGGAUCCAGUGGGUCUUGACGGAGGACGAACCUCAAACAGUACGGAGACCUAAGCGAAUCAGCGAAACUGAAUGUGAAAAAUUCAGACAGUUUGUCUCCAAACGAAAAUCCGGUGAUUGCACCAAUUCGCGACAUCCCCAUUCAAUUUUAAUUUCCUACUCGAAUGCAGAUCCCCAUCUGUCAAAAUGCAAUGGUGCCCUUGUAAGUGAACAUUUCGCCAUUACAACAUGUCUUUGUACAAGUUUUAGUACCCCGGCCCAGGUGCUGAUCAAUGGAUACGGCAGUGUAGAUAUUGCGGAGGUCACGUGUUAUCCAGAGUAUUCGGAUAGCCCUAAGAUCCACGAUUUGGCUCUGGUCAAAAUGGUGAAACCUGUGCAGCUUGCCAGCAAUGUGAUACCAGCCUGUUUGGCAAGUAACUGGACCGAGAAUUUGUACGACACACUUGUACAAACCGGAGUCGGCUUCAACAGGACUACAGGUGCACGGCAGAUCUUCGAAACGGACGAAAAUGAAGUCAUUACCGAGAAACGGUGCUUUAAGAUAUUCGACCUGGAGCAUGUGAACGUAACUCGACCCGGGGAGUUGUGUGUGAUCAACAUCGACCCUUUGCGAAUUGGUCUCGGUGGAAUACUGGGUUCACCUUUGCAGUCACAGAAUGUUCGAACCUGCAUGUCGACCUUGGUGGGGCUGUUGGACUUUGCCAUACUAAAUCCCAAGUGGCCCAAGCAUAAGCCCUGGGUGGAUGGUUAUGUUCGUAUUUCCUACUAUCUGGAUUGGAUCGAGGAGGUGGUUUGGGGAGCGGCGAAACAAGCGAGGCCUGAUGGACCUAGCAUUGUAAAUUCUUUGACGGAGAAGACAGACGAGCCGACUGUGAGUCCAACUACAAAUGAGCCUAUUAAUUAUGAUUUUGUGUUUCCUGAUCAAUUUGCCUGGUUGAUGGCCAACAGGUUUACGUGAGGUAAUCGAAUAAUAAUAUUAAACUGCUAAAACAGUGGAUCUCUUUUAUGCAUGUUUUCAACGGAACUUCUGGCCCUUCACAUGCUGUUAAGAUAUUCCUUCACAGAUUCCUCUUGUGUGAACUUAAAUAAUGUUUCCAGUGAUCCCCUCAGAAAUACAUUCAAUGUCUUCUUCAUUGACCUCUUAUAGUUUCUCUCAAGAUUCAAUCAACAAUUGUUUCAUGAAUACUACUUCGAAUUGCUUUCUCAGUCUGGCAGUCUAAAGUGGAUGUUUCUUAUGAUGUUUUUUGAACUGUUUCAAGGGGCUUAAGUUUUAUCAGCUCCCGUUGUAAGAUGUUUAAGGGUAUUUCAGCAAGCUAUAUUUUGUGAUUACCUACAGUGAACUACAGGUCUUCUCUGCAGCAUCCAGAGGUGGAAGCAUGCAUAGCUCUCUUAUUGAAGCUAAUGGUAUCCUGUGGCAGCAUCCAGUGAUAACCUUUGGGAGCUUUUUUUGAGUAAAGAUUCCAGAGUUCUGCUGAAGGAGUAUUUCCGGAGAUCUUCUAGAAGUGUGCAGAGAUAUGCUAUUAAAGUGUCCACAGCUUUCCUCUGGAAGUAUCCAGAGGAUUCCUCUGGAAAUGUGUAAAUCAUCCGUCUGGAAGUGUCCAGAGGUUUAAUUUGGAAGUGUCUGAAGGUUUUCUUUAGAGAUUCAGAGAUUCAUUAUCCUCUGGAAGUGACCACAAGAUUCCUCCGGAAGUGUCCAGAAGAUUUCACUGGAAGCGUCCAGAGGUUUUUUCUGGAAGUGCUCAAAUGUUUCCCCUGGAACUGUCCAUAGUUUUCCAUCUUGAAGUGGCCAAAAGUUUACUCUGAAAGUGUUUAGAAGUUUCCUCAGGAAUUGUCCAGGGGUUUCCUCUGGAAGUGUCCAGAGAUCCCCCUAGAAGUGUCCAGAGGUCUCCUCUGGAAGUGUUCAGAUGUCUCUUCUGAAAGUGUCCAGAUGUCUCCUCUGGAAGUGUUUAGUCUAGAAGAGUCCAGAGGUGUCUGGUAGUGUCAUGAGAUCUCCUGUGGAAGUGUCCAGAGAUCUCCUUUGGAAGUGUCCAGAGUUUUCCUCUGGAAGUGUCCAGAUGUCUCUUCUGGAAGUGUCCAGAGGUUUUCUCUGGAAGUGUCCAGAGGUUUUCUCUGGAAGUGUCCAGAGGUCCCCUCUGGAAGUGUGUAGAGGUCUCCACUUGAUGUGUCCAAAGGUCCCCUCUGUAAGUGUCCAAAGGUCCCCUGUGUAAGUGUCCAGAGACCUUCUCUAGAAGUGUCCAAUGGUAUCCUCUGGAAGUGUCCAUAAGUCUCGUCUGAAAGUGUUCAGAGGUCUCCUCUGGAAGUAUCGAGAGGUCUCCUCUGGAAGUGUCUAGAAGUCUCCUCUGGAAGUAUCCAGAGUUCUCCUCUGGAAGUGUCCAGAGGUCUG